CGGGCAUUUUAGGAUGGUGAUACAAAGCUAAGAGGAGAAAAAGAAUAACAUUACAUCUGUGUACCUAAGAUAUACUUCAAGUACAUGCCAACACUAGGUACAUACCUAGUAGUAGCACUGAGUGCCACUGACUGUACUGUAGCUCAGGUACAUAUGUAGCACUCUUGGUGGACUUAUCGAUUAACUCCGUUAAUCUCCCCAAAUAACUAUUUCACCAUUCACCAGAAGCAGAGCUUACCCCCUCCAUCCAUCCAUCUACCAUCUUCGCUUACUCGCUACCACUUUUAUAUCUUCUUUCUUUCAAUACCUACCUACCUGUUCUGACAGCUCGAGUUCUUUACUUACCCUUGUGUGAAAAUCAAGGAAAAGGAAACAAAACAAAACAACUCAUCCAACAUGCCGUCAAACGACAGUGUCAAGAUAGCCCUGGCCCUAAUCGAGAGGGAUAAGUCCAAGAUCCUAGGCCUGAAAGUUGGCACCCAUACCAAUGUCCAACCCGGGACCUUUAUCCCCAAAGCCGACGCACAAUCCCCCCCGGCGCUAACCUUCGGCCCGCUCUCGCCAGAAGCCACAUACAUGGUCGUGGCGCUGGACAUCGACGCGCCCUUCCCGUCCUUCGGCGUGCUGGGGCCGAUCCUGCACUGGAUCCAGCCGGACCUGAAGGCCACGCCCGUGGACGGGCCCCCCUCGUCCCCGCAGCAGUACAGCCUGUCGUCCACGACGCCCUUCGUGGCCAACUACAUCGGGCCGGCGCCGCCGCCCGGCAGCGGGCCCCACCGCUACGUCUUCUUCCUGUACGAGCAGCCGCCCAGCUUCGAGGGCCACAGGUUCGCGCCGCCGAACGGCCAGAAGCUCAGCAAUGGCCGCCGCAUUCGCUAUAGCCUCGACGAGUGGGAGGAAGAGGCGCGGCUGGAGCGGGUGCUGGCUGUGAAUUACUUCAAGAGCAACUGAGUUAGGUGAUGGAUGGAAGUGAGCUUGGGUUUUGGUUGGUAGGUGAGGUGGCUUGUUAGGGAGGGCGGAUUCGCUGUGUAAGCAAAGGUUGGGUUUGAGGAGGUUAAUGAUGGCUGGCUUCUCGGUUAAUGCGUACGGGAUACCUCUUUGCUUUUUUUUUUCUUCUUGGCAUGUUAAGUUGCUGCCUAGGUACUUACCUAUCUACAUAGGUUAGGUGUAGGUAUACUAGGUAGUUACUAGGUAGGAAUGGGUAGGUUAUCAUAAUCAGGGCAUGGAAAUUGUUAACUCGGAAUAUAACCCGGUUCUUUACAU